CAGGAAUAAGAACAACAAAUUAACGUUUCGUAUUUUUCAGGUGAGUAGUAUAUUUAUCCUGCGAUCUACCUGUGUUUGGUUGCGCUAAAGCAUUGCGGUUACAUGACGAUUACGGGAUAGGCAUGGUGUGAAUCACUGAGGUGAGUCAAUUGUAGGCUUUAUCCCGUUGAAGCAAUUUCUUGAAUAUUGGGUAAACAUCUCUAAAGACAAGAAACUCAUUUUCAAACACCGCCCUCCUGCCGCAAGGUAAUAUUCACUUACUAUUUUACAAGUUUGAACAAGAAGAUCGAACAUGUUUCAUAUUGUCUGUCGACUGAUUUUGAAAGCAGCACGGUAUUACCCGUUUCAUUGCAAGACAACCUGUCUGAGAUCGGUACUGACUCUUCUUCUCCGCCCCCGAAGCAACUCAACAAAGAUAGAAGCACCAGAGCAGCGAUUUAACAGAAGCAUACGUAGACCAGAGUGAGAGGAAGAAGACACGAUGGCAGAGAACAAGAUGGGGCCAAACAUUGGGGCUGGUGCUGGAGUUUUUGCCAAACUGGUCCAAAAGUCAUUGAAUCGAGCUCAGGAGAAGGUAAGCAACUAGUGAACCGUGGCAUCUCUGUUACCAUGAAAUCAAGAUUGCCACAAUUCUUUAGGCUAUUCUACAAUACUUUCCUUAUUAUUUGGGCUACUUGAACUGGUGAUGCUCAUAAAAGUUAUUGGCCUGUUUAUGCAUAUUGAUAUUAAAAUAUUAUGGUGACAGUAGGCCUACGUUGUCCGUUACAGUAAUACCAUUUCUUCAGACAGUCUCUCUCUCGACGCUGACUGUUGGCGUGUUAUUUACCAUCGACACGGACAGAGCCAAGCAAUUGAUGACUUGUGUAAGGGCUUUAGACAAGUUUGAGUGUUUAAUCUUUUUGAACAAUCAUCAUGCUGAAUGUAGGCCUUGAUGUUGAAAUCUCAAUUACCCAGCUUAAUUCCUCAAGAGACAAAAAUAAACCCAGUUCAAACAAUAUUCAAUUGACCUUUUUUUUUUUAGCUAGCCUAUAUCAAGUUAGUUGUCUAUUCCAAUAGAAAUCAGCCAAAUUAACUCUGUAUCCUUUAUGGAAGAAUGUCCAUGGGCUUUGUCUGUAUUAGUCUGUUCAUGACUUUUUGUUGAUGUUUGUGAAAAUGCCACUUCCUGCCUCUGCUGUACACUUCCUUUCCCUCACUGCUCUUACUCUGUGGCUUUUUUUGUUCACUGCUUGGCCUGGGUGCUGCUCUGCUGCUUCACUAUGUGUCUGUGUCAGAUAUUGGAGUGUAUGUAAAAUGAAAUCGGUUCAGUUGUGCCCAAGUUCCAUCCUAUCAUUUGGGGUCAAUCACAGAGGUCAUUUUUGGGAAAGGGGAAUGCUAGAAAUUAUGUUGGCCUCUGUAUGGGAAAUAGUUUGGCCCUUAUCCUAUUACAGUUCGUUUUUAACUAGUUGAUUAGAAUUGUUAUGGAAUACAACGUAGGGCCUAGUAUAAUGUAAGUGUGAUUGUCAGUACCUCACACAGGUCAACCUCAACAACAGUACCUAUUAUAGAGACUCAAGUCCUUUUUAAUGUUGUCUGAAACCUGUGGAGAGGUCACCAGCUAUAUUUCUUUUCGUCUUGUCAUAGGUCAUGCAGAAACUGGGUAAGAACAUGGAGACAAAAGAUGAACAGUUUGAACAGUACUCCCAGAACCUUCUCAAACAACAGGUACCAAUGAAUAAAAGCCCUACUACAAUGUAAUGCUGUUUCUGUCUCCCAUGGUGACCUGCAACACUGAGUACGGUUACAUGCACACAAUAAUACGGUUAUUGUGGAUAGUCCGAUUUAAUAGAAUAGUUUGUUUAAAACGUUUACAUUCUUUGCAAUAAGAACGCUUUCCCUAAUAAUCUUGAUUACAUGGACACAUCUAAAAUCAGGCUACCUGAUGGGACUUAAAUAAAUGCAGAAAAUCGGCAAUCAAAAUAAACGUUCUACCAUGUUAUUUUUGCAAAGCCUAUUUGAUUCUGAGUUCAGACAUUGUUUGUAUGUGAAAACUAAUUCUAAGGUGCAUACUUUUAGUUUUUCUGAACUUGCACAUAAGAGGGAGGCUUGUGUUACUGGUGCUGGCAGAUCUAAUACCCAGCUGGAACGCCGAUUUAAGCUGUUUACAUUUCUUAAUAAUUUGAAAGAUUGCUCAGAAAACCAGGUGUUUUAAUCGGUGUAUGCUGACUUCGAUUUUGAUCUUACGCCGAUUUGAGAUAAUUAGAGCAACGUUUUUACAUGGCUAUUGCCAUACUCGUCCUACUGCAAUAAUCAGGUGUAAUGUCGAAUUAUUAGUUUGCAUGUAAACAUACUGACUGAUGCAUGCCGUUUUGUAUGGAUAAGCCCACUAUGCAACAUAUAUAGUCGGUCAUGAGUCGUACUGAUUGUUGCUAACUGUUGGUUGCUCAAGUCUCUUCAUCCACUAAGGCACAUAAGGACCAUAUUCACGCGACUGAAACCUUUUUGCAUUGCUAACUUGAAGGAUCUAAACUCCAGGCAUUUGAAAUGGUGGUCUUUCUUGCACUUUGUUUACAUUCUUAGUUUUUCCAUAUAAUUUGACUGGCUGAUAUGCUGUCAAAUGGCCAACUGACUAGCUACUGGUCAGUCACUCGUUUGAAAAAGCACUUUAAAAAAAAAGCACUGUUUUGUCUGCUUAUUGACUGUUUUGGUUUUACCGUGCUUGUGUUGAGGUCAACCAUACAAAUGUUCUCAGAUUCAGUUUAUAUCUUUCGAGGGAGCUAUCUCUGAUGUUAGGUUAACCGUUUAACUGCCCUCAGAGCUGUGUGCCAUCUUAAAUCUCUGUAUUGUGGUGCAUUUCACCAAAUCAACAUGUAUAAUUUGAGAAAGUCAUUAGUCUGAAAAUUUUAUCUGAAAUAAUUUGAAUAAAUUCCAUGACGACCUGUCCAUUAACCUCAGACUUUUCUCAACUCUGACCAAUUUUGUGCAUGCCGAUAACAUGAACAUGCAUUACAUGUCACAGGAAGGAGCUCCACCCUUACAGGCAGUUUUCACUCUAUCACACUCGUAUUACGAAACCGAGUAGGACGUACCCGUGAUAUUUUCACCAGACUGUCUUGUGUAAAACAAUAUCCUCCUUAUACUGAAAUGUUUUUAGUCAUUGGUUUCUCUUGCUCCUUGAAGAACAACAAUAGAACCAUUUGACUUGUGAGAAAAGGUCAUCCUUGUUUGAAAAGGGACAUAGUGAAAUAGAGAUGACUCGUGUCACUUUUAAUACUUGUACACCUUUUACUGUUAUUGUUUGUGAAACGUUUCAAAAAGGUGACUACAACUUGAAUUGUGAAGUUCCUGGUCUCUUACAAUGUUUUUGGAGAUUUAUCUUCUGUAAAGGUGAAGUCCAACUGGAAAGGGUCUUUGAUGGAUGCUCUCACUGUAAGGAAAAAUAACCCCCUCAUAGAAUCUUCUGUCUUUUCAACCAACAGAAUGAUGGCGGCAGGCUAUUCAAAGAAGUCAAAGCGUACUUCAGUGCAGUGAAAGGUAGGAUCUGUCUACUUUAGCUCACGCCAUAGCAGAGGUUGCUCUCGGGCAUGAGAGCACCUACGGCCCUAGAUCUAAUUAGUCUAAUCAAAUCAAUUACAUUACCGGUUGCUUAAUUGAAGAAAAACAGGUUAUAGACUCAAUACUUAUUUGUAGUGUUGCCCUGCACAUUUAGGCAGUUCAAGCUGCCAUAUUCAUAUUCCGGUCAAAACCAAAUAUCAACUUAUUUUUUGUACUUCUAUCUUUUAUAUAUGUCUUUUCAUGGCCACAAGAUCUGAAAUUACUUUACUUUGGUCUUCUUUUGACUUUGUUUAAUAUGGUAGUAGGGCUAUAUCUUGUACAGUAGUGUUCAAGUUAACACACUGUCCGGUCUCUUUUUGUAAACUGACCUUACUUUCAAAUCCUCUCUGGUAGCAUCCUGUCAAUUUAUAAAAACAAAGAACUACCGGCCAUUAAAAAUGGCACACUCUGCAAAUGAACAUGUAUUCAUUUGAGCAGGAACAAUAAAUCAAUGUUAGUAUUUUUUUGUGCUACCGUUUGCAUACCACUUCAAGUGAAGCCUGUGUUGUUUUGACCUUUUAAGUGUAGGUGUAGCCGAAUCUGCAGUGUGCCACAAAACCAAAACGACUUUAUCUAAAUGUGCUGUCCAUGCUGGUUUCUGUCAUGCGAGCUGUGUAAAGGCCAAAAAGCUUGGUGGUAUUCAUUAGUGAACACCAUAGCAAAACAUUUUUUACGACUGAAAACAAGCAUUUCUUAUUGUUAAAGUUCAGGUGGUUCUGUUUCAGUCAGUUUUCUUCCGUUUGGUGUCUAAUGAAUACAACUCUAGUUUCAAACUUUCAACCCACAUCCCCAGACGCUGACCCCUGGUCUAGGUAACACGGUAUCUGCUAGGCAAGCUACCCAUCUACACAAAUGUCUACUUUGUCACUUGGCUGUCCAAAACAAUACCUAUUAGCUUUAUAGUGUCAUCUAAACACUUUAGUUUUGCUCUAGUUCACAUGUUCCUUCUGUCCUUCUCCACAGUGAUGCAUGAGACCUCCAAGCGACUGUCCCAGACGUUAAGAGAUGUCUACGAACCCGACUGGCAGGGAGGAGAGGACCUGUCUGUCAUCAUGGAGGUGGGCCACAGUGGAUUUUUAGUUGUAGACUAGAGUAAGAACCCCUGACGAAGAUCUAUUGACCAAAACGUUGGUCUGAGAACCAGUAAAUAAGAGCGGAGUAUACAAUAAUACCGGUGUGUUGACCAGAGUUUCAGUUCAUGUUUCAGGUGAGGCAGAGGCAGUUCUUUCGGUGUAUAUUUAUAAUAAUUGUUAGUAUACACUGAAGUAUACACAGUUACUGGGUUCAUCAGGAAGUGUAUAGGGGAUGUUGUUCCCACUGUGACGAUUAAAACCUAUCCAAUCCAAAAACCGUGGAUAGAUGGCAGCAUUCGUGCAAAAAUUAAAGUAUGAACCACCGCAUUUAACCAUGGCAAGGUAACUGGGAAUAUGGUUGAAUACAGACAGUGUAGUUAUUCCCUCCGUAAGGCAAUCAAACAGGCAAAACAUCAGUACAGAGACAAAGUGGAGUCGCAAUUCAACGGUUCAGACACAAGGCGUAUGUGGCAGGGACUCCAGACAAUCACGGAUUAUAAAGGGAAAACCAGCCACGUCGUGGACACCGAUGUCUUGCUCCCCGACAAGCUAAACACCUUCACCCACUUUGAGGGAAACACAGUGCUGCCGAUGCAGGCUACCGUGAGCUCUCGUUCUCUGUGGCUGACAUGAGUAAGACAUUUUAAGUGUGUUAACCCUCGCAAGGCUACCAGUCCAGAAGGCAUCCCUAGCCGCGUCCACAGAGCAUGACUAUCACCCCGUAGCACUCACUUCUGUCAUCAUGAAGUGCUUUGAGAGGCUAAGGAUCAUAUUACCUCCACCUUACACGACACCCUAAACCCACUGCAAUUUGCAAGCCGCCCCAAUAGAUCCACAGAUUAUGCAAUCGCCAUCACACUGCACAUUGCCCUAUCCCAUCUGGACAAGAGGAAUACCUAUGUAAGAAUGCUGUUCAUUGACUACAGCUCAGCCUUCAACACCAUAGUACCCUCCAAGCUCAUCAUUAAGCUCCGUGCCCUGGGUCCGCCUACAGGGAGGAGGUGAGGGACUUGGCGGAGUGGUGCCAUGAAAAUAACCUCAACGGCAACUAAAUGAAGGCGAUGAUCGUGGGAGACAGCAGAGGGAGCAUGCACCCAUCCACAUCGACGGGGCCGCAGUGGAGAAGGUGGAAAGCUUCAAGUUCCUCGUCGUACACAUCACUGUGAAAUGGUCCACCCACACAGACAGUGUGGUGAAGAAGGCGCAACAGUGCCUCUUCAACCUCAGGAGGCUGAAGAAAUUAGUCUUGGCCCCGAAAACCACACUAAUUUCUACAGAUGCACAAUUGAGAGCAUUCUGUCGGGCUGUAUCACCACCGCCUGGUAUGGCAACUGCACCGAACGCAACCGCAGGGCUCUCCAGAGGGUGGAGCGGUCUGCCCAAUGCAUCUCCGGUGGCACACUGCCUGUCCUGCAGGACAUCUACAGCACCUGGUGUCACAGGAAGGCCAAGAAAAUCAUCAAGGACCUCAGCCACCCGAGCGAUGGCCUGUUCACCCCGCUACCAUCCAGAAGGCGAGGUCAGUACAGGUGAAUCAGAGCUGGAACAGAGAGACAGAAGCAGUUUUUCAAUUUCAAGGCCAUCAGACUGUUAAAUAGUCACCACCAGCCGGUACCCAGCCCUGAACUUUAGUCACUGUCACUAGCCGGCUACCACCCAGUUACUCUACCAUGCACCUUAGAGGCUGCUGCCCUGUGUAUAUAGUCAUGGAACACUGGUCACUUUAAUAAUGUUUAUAUACUGCUUUACCUAUUUCAGAUGUGUAUAUACUGUAUUCUAGUCAAGGCCAUCCUAUUCAACUAUUGAUGUACAUAUUCUUCAGAUAUACUAUUUAUUCUAUCCACAUACUGUCCAUAAUGUCUAUACAUCACACACGUGUGUGUGUGUGUUAUAUAUACACACACAGUGGGGAGAACAACUAUUUGAUACACUGCCGAUUUUGCAGGUUUUCCUACUUACAAAGCCUGUAGAGGUCUGUAAUUUUUUAUCAUAGGUACACUUCAACUGUGAGAGACGGAAUCUAAAACAAAAAUCCAGAAAAUCACAUUGUAUGAUUUUUAAGUAAUUAAUUUGCAUUUUAUUGCAUGACAUAAGUAUUUGAUCACCUACCAACCAGUAAGAAUUCCGGCUCUCACAGACCUGUUCGUUUUUCUUUAAGAAGCCCUCCUGUUCUCCACUCAUUACCUGUAUUAAUUGCACCUGUUUGAACUCGUUACCUGUAUAAAAUACACCUGUCCACACACUCAAACAGACUCCAACCUCUCCACAAUGGCCAAGACCAGAGAGCUGUGUAAGGACAUCAGGGAUAAAAUUGUAGACCUACACAAGGCUGGGAUGGGCUACAGGACAAUGGGCAAGCAGCUUGGUGAGAAGGCAACAACUGUUGGCGCAAUUAUUAGAAAAUGGAAGAAGUUCAAGAUGACGGUCAAUCACCCUCGGUCUGGGGCUCCAUGCAAGAUCUCACCUCGUGGGGCAUCAAUGAUCAUGAAGAAGGUGAGGGAUCAGCCCAGAACUACACGGCAGGACCUGGUCAAUGACCUGAAGAGAGCUGGGACCACAGUCUCAAAGAAAACCAUUAGUAACACACUACGCCGUCAUGGAUUAAAAUCCUGCAGCGCACGCAAGGUCCCCCUGCUCAAGCCAGCGCAUGUCCAGGCCCGUCUGAAGUUUGCCAAUGACCAUCUGGAUGAUCCAGAGGAGGAAUGGGAGAAGGUCAUGUGGUCUGAUGAGACAAAAAUAGAGCUUUUUGGUCUAAACUCCACUCGCCGUGUUUGGAGGAAGAAGAAGGAUGAGUACAACCCCAAGAACACCAUCCCAACCGUGAAGCAUGGAGGUGGAAACAUCAUUCUUUGGGGAUGCUUUUCUGCAAAGGGGACAGGACGACUGCACCGUAUUGAGGGGAGGAUGGAUGGGGCCAUGUAUCGCGAGAUCUUGGCCAACAACCUCCUUCCCUCAGUAAGAGCAUUGAAGAUGGGUCGUGGCUGGGUCUUCCAGCAUGACAAUGACCCAAAACACACAGCCAGGGCAACUAAGGAGUGGCUCCGUAAGAAGCAUCUCAAGGUCCUGGAGUGGCCUAGCCAGUCUCCAGACCUGAACCCAAUAGAAAAUCUUUGGAGGGAGCUGAAAGUCCGUAUUGCCCAGCGACAGCCCCGAAACCUGAAGGAUCUGGAGAAGGCCUGUAUGGAGGAGUGGGCCAAAAUCCCUGCUGCAGUGUGUGCAAACCUGGUCAAGACCUACAGGAAACGUAUGAUCUCUGUAAUUGCAAACAAAGGUUUCUGUACCAAAUAUUAAGUUCUGCUUUUCUGAUGUAUCAAAUACUUAUGUCAUGCAAUAAAAUGCAAAUUAAUUACUUAAAAAUCAUACAAUGUGAUUUUCUGGCUUUUUGUUUUAGAUUCUGUCUCUCACAGUUGAAGUGUACCUAUGAUAAAAAUUACAGACCUCUACAUGCUUUGUAAGUAGGAAAACCUGCAAAAUCGGCAGUGUAUCAAAUACUUGUUCUCCCCACUGUAUAUAUAUACAUGCAUAUAGUGAGGGGGGGAAAAAGUAUUUGAUCCCCUGCUCAUUUUGUAAUUUUGCCCACUGACAAAGAAAUGAUCAGUCUAUAAUUCUAAUGGUAGGUUUAUUUGAACAGUGAGAGACAGAAUAACAACAACAAAAUCCAGAAAAACGCUUGUCAAAAAUGUUAUAAAUUGAUUUGCAUUUUAAUGAGGGAAAUAAGUAUUUGACCCCAUCUCAAUCAGAAAGAUUUCUGGUUCACCUGUCCACAGAAGCAAUCAAUCAAUCAGAUUCCAAACUCUCCACCAUGGCCAAGACCAAAGAGCUCUCCAAGGAUGUCGGGGACAAGAUUGUAGACCUACACAAGGAUGGAAUGGGCUACAAGACCAUCGCCAAGCAGCUUGGUGAGAAGGUGACAACAGUUGGUGCGAUUAUUCACAAAUGGAAGAAACAAAAAAAGAACUCUCAAUCUCCCUCGACCUGGGGCUCCAUGCAAGAUCUCACCUCGUGGAGUUGCAAUGAUCAUGAGAAAGGUGAGAAAUCAGCCCAGAACUACACUGGAGGAUCUUGUCAAUGAUCUCAAGGCAGCUGGGACCAUAGUUACCAAGAAAACAAUUGGUAACACACUAUGCCGUGAAGGACUGAAAUCCUGCAGCGCCCGCAAGGUCCCCCUGCUCAAGAAAGCACAUAUACAUGCCCGUCUGAAGUUUGCCAAUGAACAUCUGAAUGAUUCAGAGGAGAACUGGGUGAAAGUGUUGUGGUCAGAUGAGACCAAAACGGAGCUCUUUGGCAUCAACUCAACUCGCCGUGUUUGGAGGAGGAAUGCUGCCUCUGACCCCAAGAACACCAUCCCCACCGUCAAACAUGGAGGUGGAAACAUUAUGCUUUGGGGGUGUUUUUCUGCUAAGGGGACAGGACAACUUCACCGCAUCAAUGGGACGAUGGACAGCGCCAUGUACCGUCAAAUCUUGGGUGAGAACCUCCUUCCCUCAGCCAGGGCAUUGAAAAUGGGUUGUGGAUGGGUAUUCCAGCAUGACAAUGACCCAAAACACACGGCCAAGGCAACAAAGGAGUGGCUCAAGAAAAAGCACAUUAAGGUCCUGGAGUGGCCUAGCCAGUCUCCAGACCUUAAUCCCAUAGAAAAUCUGUGGAGGGAGCUGAAGGUUCGAGUUGCCAAACAUCAGCCUCAAAACCUUAAUGACUUGGAGAAGAUCUGCAAAGAGGAUUGGGACAGAAUCCCUCCUGAGAUGUGUGCAAACCUGGUGGCAAACUACAAGACACGUCUGACCUCUGUGAUUGCCAACAAGGGUUUUGCCACCAAGUACUAAGUCAUGUUUUGCAGAGGAGUCAAAUACUUAUUUCCCUCAUUAAAAUUCAAAUCAAUUUAUAACAUUUUUGACAUACGUUUUUCUGGAUUUUUGUUGUUGUUAUUCUGUCUCUCACUGUUCAAAUAAACCUACCAUUACAAUUAUAGACGGAUAAUUUCUUUGUCAGUGGGCAAACGUACAAAUUCAGCAGGGGAUCAAAUACUUUUUUCCAGCAGGGGAUCAAAUACUUUUUUCCCUCACUAUAUAUAUAUAUAUAUAUAUGUGUGUGUGUGGGGAGAACAAGUAUUUCAUACACUGCCGAUUUUGCAGGUUUUCCUACUUACAAAGCAUGUAGAGGUCUGUAAUUUUUAUCAUAGGUACACUUCAACUGUGAGAGACAGAAUCUAAAACAAAAAUCCAGAAAAUCACAUUGUAUGAUUUUUAAGUAAUUAAUUUGCAUUUUAUUGCAUGACAUAAGUAUUUGAUACAUCAGAAAAGCAGAACUUAAUAUUUGGUACAGAAACCUUUGUUUGCAAUUACAGAGAUCAUACGUUUCCUGUAGGUCUUGACCAGGUUUGCACACACUGCAGCAGGGAUUUUGGCCCACUCCUCCAUACAGACCUUCUCCAGAUCCUUCAGGUUUCGGGGCUGUCGCUGGGCAAUACGGACUUUCAGCUCCCUCCAAAGAUUUUCUAUUGGGUUCAGGUCUGGAGACUGGCUAGGCCACUCCAGGACCUUGAGAUGCUUCUUACAGAGCCACUCCUUAGUUGCCCUGGCUGUGUGUUUCGGGUCGUUGUCAUGCUGGAAGACCCAGCCACGACCCAUCUUCAAUGCUCUUACUGAGGGAAGGAGGUUGUUGGCCAAGAUCUCGCGAAACAUGGCCCCAUCCAUCCUCCCCUCAAUACGGUGCAGUCGUCCUGUCCCCUUUGCAGAAAAGCAUCCCCAAAGAAUGAUGUUUCCACCUCCAUGCUUCACGGUUGGGAUGGUGUUCUUGGGGUUGUACUCAUCCUUCUUCUUCCUCCAAACACGGCGAGUGGAGUUUAGACCAAAAAGCUCUAUUUUUGUCUCAUCAGACCACAUGACCUUCUCCCAUUCCUCCUUUGGAUCAUCCAGAUGGUCAUUGGCAAACUUCAGACGGGCCUGGACAUGCGCUGGCUUGAGCAGGGGGACCUUGCGUGCGCUGCAGGAUUUUAAUCCAUGAUGGCGUAGCGUGUUACAAAUGGUUUUCUUUGAGACUGUGGUCCCAGCUCUCUUCAGGUCAUUGACCAGGUCCUGCCGUGUAGUUCUGGGCUGAUCCCUCACCUUCCUCAUGAUCAUUGAUGCCCCACAAGGUGAGAUCUUGCAUGGAGCCCCAGACUGAGGGUGAUUGACCGUCAUCUUGAACUUCUUCCAUUUUCUAAUAAUUGCGCCAACAGUUGUUGCCUUCUCACCAAGCUGCUUGCCUAUUGUCCUGUAGCCCAUCCCAGCCUUGUGCUGGUCUACAAUUUUAUCCCUGAUGUCCUUACACAGCUCUCUGGUCUUGGCCAUUGUGGAGAGGUUGGAGUCUGUUUGAUUGAUUGUGUGGACAGGUGUCUUUUAUACAGGUAACGAGUUCAAACAGGUGCAGUUAAUACAGGUAAUGAGUGGAGAACAGGAGGGCUUCUUAAAGAAAAACUAACAGGUCUGUGAGAGCCGGAAUUCUUACUGGUUGGUAGGUGAUCAUACUUAUGUCAUGCAAUAAAAUGCAAAUGAAUUACUUAAAAAUCAUACAAUGUGAUUUUCUGGAUUUUUGUUUUCGAUUCCGUCUCUCACAGUUGAAGUGUACUUAUGAUAAAAAUUACAGACCUCUACAUGCUUUGUAAGUAGGAAAACCUGCAAAAUGGGCAGUGUAUCAAAUACUUGUUCUCCCCACUGUGUGUGUGUGUGUGUGUGUGUGUGUGUGUGUGUGUAUAUAUAUACAGUGGGGGAAAAAAAGUAUUUAGUCAGCCACCAAUUGUGCAAGUUCUCCCACUUAAAAAGAUGAGGGAGGCCUGUAAUUUUCAUCAUAGGUACACGUCAACUAUGACAGACAAAUUGAGAAAAAAAAAUCCAGAAAAUCACAUUGUAUGAUUUUUUAAUGAAUUUAUUUGCAAAUUAUGGUGGAAAAUAAGUAUUUGGUCACCUACAAACAAGCAAGAUUUCUGGCUCUCAUAGACCUGUAACUUCUUAUUUAAGAGGCUCCUCUGUCCUCCACUCGUUACCUGUAUUAAUGGCACCUGUUUGAACUUGUUAUCAGUAUAAAAGACACCUGUCCACAACCUCAAACAGUCACAUUCCAAACUCCACUAUGGCCAAGACCAAAGAGCUGUCAAAGGACACCAGAAACAGAAUUGUAGACCUGCACCAGGCUGGGAAGACUGAAUCUGCAAUAGGUAAGCAGCUUGGUUUGAAGAAAUCAACUGUGGGAGCAAUUAUUAGGAAAUGGAAGACAUACAAGACCACUGAUAAUCUCCCUCGAUCUGGGGCUCCACGCAAGACCUCACCCCGUGGGGUCAAAAUGAUCACAAGAACGGUGAGCAAAAAUCCCAGAACCACACGGGGGGACCUAGUGAAUGACCGGCAGAGAGCUGGGACCAAAGUAACAAAGCCUACCAUCAGUAACACACUACGCCGCCAGGGACUCAAAUCCUGCAGUAGCAGACGUGUCCCCCUGCUUAAGCCAGUACAUGUCCAGGCCCGUCUGAAGUUUGCUAGAGUGCAUUUGGAUGAUCCAGAAGAGGAUUGGGAGAAUGUCAUAUGGUCAGAUGAAACCAAAAUAUAACUUUUUGGUAAAAACUCAACUCGUCGUGUUUGGAGGACAAAGAAUGCUGAGUUCCAUCCAAAGAACACCAUACCUACUGUGGAGCAUGGGGGUGGAAACAUCAUGCUUUGGGGCUGUUUUUCUGCAAAGGGACCAGGACGACUGAUCCGUGUAAAGGAAAGAAUGAAUGGGGCCAUGUUUUGUGAGAUUUUGAGUGAAAACCUCCUUCCAUCAGCAAGGGCAUUGAUGAUGAAACGUGGCUGGGUCUUUCAGCAUGACAAUGAUCCCAAAUACACCGCCUGGGCAACGAAGGAGUGGCUUCGUAAGAAGCAUUUCAAGGUUCUGGAGUGGCCUAGCCAGUCUCCAGAUCUCAACCCCAUAGAAAAUCUUUGGAGGGAGUUGAAAGUCCGUGUUGCCCAGCGACAGCCCCAAAACAUCACUGCUCUAGAGGAGAUCUGCAUGAAAGAAUGGGCCAAAAUACCAGCAACAGUGUGUGAAAACCUUGUGAAGAGUUACAGAAAACGUUUGACCUGUGUCAUUGCCAACAAGGGGUAUAUAACAAAGUAUUGAGAAACUUUUGUUAUUGACCAAAUACUUAUUUUCCACCAUAAUUUGCAAAUAAAUUCAUAAAAAAUCCUACAAUGUGAUUUUCUGGAUUUUGUUUUUCUCAUUUUGUCUGUCAUAGUUGACGUGUACCUAUGAUGAAAAUUACAGGCCUCUCUCAUCUUUUUAAGUGGGAGAACUUGCACAAUUGGUGGCUGACUAAAUACUUUUUUUCCCCACUGUAUGUAUAUAUAUAUAUAUAUAUAUAUAUAACACACACUCCGGACUCUGACAUUGCUCGUCCUAAUAUUUGUUUUUACUUUUUAGAUUUGUAUAUAUUGUUAGAUAUUACUGCACUGUUGGAGCUAGAAACACAAGCAUUUUGCUACACUGGCAAUAUCUGCUAAAUAUGUGUAUUUGACCAAUACAAUUAGAUUUGAUUUUGGCAAUGUAUUUCUGUUGUAUAGUAGAAAGCAGGCUGAAGGUUUAUUUAUUUAUUUAUUAUUUUUUUACCUCAGAGUGAGGACUUGCUGUGGAAUGAUUAUGAAGAGAAACUAACAGACCAGAUAGUCCACACCAUGGAGAAUUACACUGGACAGUUUCAUGAAGUCAAGGUAGCUUCUGAUAUACUCUUAUCAAUUGUUUGUGGUGCAAUAGAACUAGUUCACGUCAAAACUCUUCUCUCCCUAUGUGUUUACAUUGCUGAUUAGUCCUACAAACAAUCAUGAGAGACUAGUGCCAUGUGGCUCAUGGGAAUUGUGUUCAGAAAUAUCGCUUCUCUCCCUUCCUCUUAGGAACGAGUGGCCAAACGCGGUCGGAAGCUAGUAGACUACGAUUCCUCACGCCACCACUUGGAGGCGUUGCAGAAUGCCAAGAAGAAAGAUGAUGCCAAAAUCACCAAGGUGUGUUGAAAAUGAAAUGUAAAUUCUUUUUUUAAUUUGUAUGUAUUUGGAUAAAGGCACUGAAAGCAUUUGGACUCCAUUUCUCUCUGAUCAGGCGGAGGAAGAGUUCAACAAAGCCCAGAGUGUGUUUGAGGAAAUCAACAAAGAGAUGAGGGAGGAGCUUCCUGUUCUCUAUCAAAGGUGAUGUCAAUGGACCACAGCACAUCGGGGUCGUGUUCAUUAGGCACCAAACGGGGAAAAAUUUACUGAAACAGGGAGGGACUACUGGACUUGUCCAAUAAGAAACAUUCAUUUUAAAGUGGCUCUAGUAUAACAGAACAUUUUCCCUCUUGUCUAAAGCCGGAUUGGAUGCUACGUGACCGUCUUUCAAAACAUUUCCAACCUGAGGGAUGUCUUCUAUAAGGAAAUGAGUGUGGUAAGCCUGUUUUUCCUACAUUCUGAUAUGGAUGUUAUUCUCCCAAAAGGAAUAAAACAUCACAAUAAAUGUAACAUCUUUAUCACAGAUAUAAAUAAUUUACUGUAUGCUAUGUAGUAUCGUAUCUCACUUUCCAGAUAAAGAAAUGUACUGCAAGUCAACUAAUAUUGACUAAUAGAAUAACCACUAUUCAUUGCAGCUGAACCAUGAGCUUUACAACGUGAUGAAGAAGCUGGAGACUCAGCAUUCAGGAAAAGCUUUUAUCAUCAAGGGACUUAACAGGUCGGUGUUUUAGAUGACCAUAAGAAUGCACCACUUUUGUUUAAUAAUAAUAAUAAUAAUAAUAUGCCAUUUAGCAGACGCUUUUAUCCAAAGCGACUUACAGUCAUGCGUGCAUACAUUUUUUUUUGUGUAUGGGUGGUCCCGGGGAUCGAACCCACUACCUUGGCGUUACAAGCGCCGUGCUCUACCAGCUGAGCUACAGAGGACCACUCAUAGUUUAACCUCUCAUAGUCUGUUUAACCUCUCAAUCUGUUUAACCUCUCAUAGUCCUUAUUAUGUGAUAGCUGGUGGUAAUAUAGUCAUGUGAAAAGUUUUUGAUCAUUUAUUUUAUUCAUUUAAUUUCCAAUGGAGAAAAAAUUCAUAUACUCUAAUUUGAAUAGUUAUUUUCUUCUCAUCAAGUGUGGAAUUUGGGAUCUGAGAAUGUCCAACCUGCUAACCAGACAGAUCAGCUCACCCUCUAUGUCCUCUCUUAGCACCAAGUCCAAGAAGAGAAAAUCCCUGGUCAUCUCAGCGCCUAUCCCCUGUAACACAGCCUUCCCCUCGGAACACACAGCUCUCCACGCAUCCGCAGCCCCGGAGAACGGCAAAGAGACCUGUACCCAGAGCAUCCCUGAGGAGCCCUCUGCCAACUCGGGAGAGGCAGAUGAGGGCACUGGCACGGCGGACCCUUGCGUCGUCACCUCUGAAACGUAUGACUUCUCGGACGAGAUGAGCUCCAACGGCACCGCUACUCCCAACAGACGGUCGGUGUGCGACAGCGACAACGGGGUCGGGAGUGAAGUCGCAUCAGAGGGUCUGAGUGACCUCCAAGAGGGCGGUGCUUCGGAAGGGCAGGGCCCUAGCCAAUUGGAGGACUCCUCUGCCGUAGAAGAGCAGGUUCAAAGGUCAGAGGUGACCUCUGGAGGUGAGGUCAUGACUAGUCAGAAGGCUGUGGCUGAGUCCACAGAGAGCGACGUCCCACAUGACACUGACCAGGCUGAUCCUCCAGAGCAUGGCAAAGCCAGGGCUCCACACCUCUCAUUCCCCCCCUCUGAGAGGCACUCCUUCCCCCCUGCAGAGGCCAGCCAAGUGGAGGUGGUGGAAGAGAAGGGAGAAGGGGCUUCCCAGGCCCUGCAGGCAGGUGACACAAAGAGCAAUGGAAAUGACUCGGACUCCCAGAAUCCACCUGGUUUCAUUUUCAAGGUGAUUCUAUUUGCUAGUUGUGGUAUUCUCUUUAUAAUAUAUUAUAGUGUGGUGUGUGUGUAUAUAGUGUCCAUUGUCCUAACAGUGUUUGAAAUGUAGAUGUUAAUCAAUUAAUUAUGAAGGCCAUGUUAUUAAUUAAAGUGAUAAGACCUCAGUGUUUCACAUGCCUGAAGUGGUGUGUAAAUAUAUACAUACAGUGGGGAAAACAAGUAUUUGAUACACUGCUGAUUUUGCAGGUUUUCCUACUUACAAAGCAUGUAGAGGUCUGUAAUUUUUAUCAUAGGUACACUUCAACUGUGAGAGACGGAAUCUAAAACAAAAAUCCAGAAAAUCACAUUGUAUGAUUUUUAAGUAAUUAAUUUGCAUUUUAUUGCAUGACAUAAGUAUUUGAAACAUCAGAAAAGCAGAACUUAAUAUUUGGUACAGAAACCUUUGUUUGCAAUUACAGAGAUCAUACGUUUCCUGUAGGUCUUGACCAGGUUUGCACACACUGCAGCAGGGAUUUUGGCCCACUCCUCCAUACAGACCUUCUCCAGAUCCUUCAGGUUUCGGGGCUGUCGCUGGGCAAUACGGACUUUCAGCUCCCUCCAAAGAUUUUCUAUUGGGUUCAGGUCUGGAGACUGUCUAGGCCACUCCAGGACCUUGAGAUGCUUCUUACGGAGCCACUCCUUAGUUGCCCUGCCUGUGUGUUUCGGGUCGUUGUCAUGCUGGAAGACCCAGCCACGACCCAUCUUCAAUGCUCUUACUGAGGGAAGGAGGUUGUUGGCCAAGAUCUCGCGAUACAUGGCCCCAUCCAUCCUCCCCUCAAUACAGUGCAGUCGUCCUGUCCCCUUUGCAGAAAAGCAUCCCCAAAGAAUGUUUCCACCUCCAUGCUUCACGGUUGGGAUGGUGUUCUUGGGGUUGUACUCAUCCUUCUUCUUCCUCCAAACACGGCGAGUGGAGUUUAGACCAAAAAGCUCUAUUUUUGUCUCAUCAGACCACAUGACCUUCUCCCAUUCCUCCUCUGGAUCAUCCAGAUGGUCAUUGGCAAACUUCAGACGGGCCUGGACAUGCGCUGGCUUGAGCAGGGGGACCUUGCGUGCACAGCAGGAUUUUAAUCCAUGACGGUGUAGUGUGUUACCAAUGGUUUUCUUUGAGACUGUGGUCCCAGCUCUCUUCAGGUCAUUGACCAGGUCCUGCCGUGUAGUUCUGGGCUGACCCCUCACCUUCCUCGUGAUCAUUGAUGCCCCAUGAGGUGAGAUCUUGCAUGGAGCCCCAGACCGAGGGUGAUUGACCGUCAUCUUGAACUUCUUCCAUUUUCUAAUAAUUGCGCCAACAGUUGUUGCCUUCUCACCAAGCUGCUUGCCUAUUGUCCUGUAGCCCAUCCCAGCCUUGUGCAGGUCUACAAUUUUAUCGCUGAUGUCCUUAGACAGCUCUUUGGUCUUGGCCAUUGUGGAGAGGUUGGAGUCUGUUUGAUUGAGUGUGUGGACAGGUGUCUUUUAUACAGGCAACGAGUUCAAACAGGUGCAGUUAAGAGGUAAUGAGUGGAGAACAGGAGGGCUUCUUAAAGAAAAACUAACAGGUCUGUGAGAGCCAGAAUUCUUACUGGUUGGUAGGUGAUCAAAUACUUAUGUCAUGCAAUAAAAUGCAAAUUAAUUACUUAAAAAUCAUACAAUGUGUUUUUCUGGAUUUUUGUUUUCGAUUCCGUCUCUCACAGUUGAAGUGUACCUAUGAUAAAAAUUACAGACCUCUACAUGCUUUGUAAGUAGGAAAACCUGCAAAAUGGGCAGUGUAUCAAAUACUUGUUCUCCCCACUGUGUGUGUGUGUGUAUGUGUGUAUAUAUAUAUAUAUAUAUUUAAUUAAUUAAUGGCCAGCUCAAUGCAUUAGGUAUCUAUUGCCAGCACAUACUGUAAUGGCCCAGUCCUAACUUGAGAUUCCAUUGACAUCAGUACAUGAUUUACAAUGCAAACAAUUAAUGCUUGAGCCUUACACGAGAGAAAUAAACAGCACUUUAAUUUGAAAUUACUAUUUUGAUUAAACAUUUCUGCUGAGUAUUUUUCAAACAGAGUUGUUUAUGUGGUGGUGUGAUUGAUAUCAGGGCGUGGCGCUGGAGGGUCACAUUUCAGAAGACGGCACGCUGCAGUAUGACGUGGAAGACGUGAUUCUCAUCCUCGCCGACACAGAGGAGAAGGUGCGUGUGUGUGUAUAUAUUUGUAUUCAUGUCAGCCUAUGUCUCCUUGGAGUAGUUUAACUUCCAAAUAGGACUACUAAGUAAGUAAUACUAAAGGUCAUAGUCUUAAACUGAGCACUGAAUUCCAACGGUGCAUCAGACUGUGACACCGAAUUUGAAAACAGUUUGCCCACAUGCAUGUCACUUUAGAGUUAUUAGGAUUUUCAGCACGUUAUUUAGCAAUUUGAGCCAAUAUACGGUAUUGCUUUGAUUUUGUUGACACGUUCAUGGUUCCCUUUUUACCAAGAUGGCAGAACUGAUCCUUUAUUGACAAAGCGUCUCACAGUAGGAGUGCUGAUCUAGGAUCAGUCUUUUAGAUCAUAAUGAAUGAAAAGGGGGACCUGAUCCAGCACUCCUACUUUGAGACGCUUUAUGAACAUUGGGCCUUAUCUCUCCUAUAAUGUGAGUAACAUGGUGUGUUUUUUGUUAACCCCCCCCCCAACAGCAGGAAGGCAUGGCCAAGGUGGUGAGGGAGAAGACCUGUAUCCAGCAGGGAGAUCUAUCAGAAUGAGCCAAUUGCGUCAUCUCAUUUCCUGUCUUCCCCUCGAGCUGUGGUGACUCAUUGAGUGUUCAUGUGCUAUUAGGAACUCUGACAUUUCCGACUUGCUAACUGGUUGUCGUUAUACACGUGCCGCGUUCAACCAGUUAGCAUCGGAAAUGUCAGAGUUCCGAUUAGCACAGCAGCACACAAAAUGGCA